AUGAAUAAACAUGAGAAAGAAAUAGAUGAAUGAGCACGGUGUGUUGAAAGAAAAAUAAAAGGAGGUUUACCGUGAAUUACGAUGGAGAAUUAGGGUUCAAUACUAAAUUUUUCAUCAUGACUCUCUCUUUCAUUCUUCCUCUGAUCCCCAUGUGCACCCAGUUGUGCUUAUACUUCCCACUCUCGAAGGCACGUCUGUCUCUCUAUUUUUAUAUCUUUUCCGCGAUUCUUCGGUCUCGCUAUAAUGCUUGCCUCUACAGUAAUCAGUCAUAGUCGUGGCCCAUCCUACUUUCACUUUGCAAAUGCCAUAUUUAGUUUUUCCCUGUUUCACUUCUCAGGUACCAUCUUUAUUUCUUCUUCACGAAGUCUUUGGGCACUUUGGAGUGUUAGAAUACAUUUAGGGUUCCUCUGCUCGCGAAUGCUGAACGCUAGAAGAAGCUUAUGAUUUUCUUUCUGCUAAAAAACCCUUGAAAAUUUCUCUAAAUACAACUGCGAACGUUGAGCCCCAUCGACUCAUAAACGCGAUUGACAUGCCACAGCAAGAAUUAUGGUUCAUCGGUUGAUAAAAUUUUAGCAACAAAGUGUUUCCUUGUUCUUGUUGUUUCCCUGUGUUUUAGAGCAGUGACCAAUGGUGGAGUCUGCGGAUUCUGGUGCUGGAUCUAAUAUUGAAUCUUCUAAUUUUUCAUUUGCAUUCGACAAUGUGAGUUUCUCGGAUAGGAUUUUGAGGAUUGAAGUCAUGGCGGAACCCUGGACAGAAGAAUCAGGAGAUGAUGAUUGUAAGCGCAGCAACGAAGGGAACAGGGAAGAGGCGGAAGAGAUUGAACAGGAGAGCAUAGAACCAAAGGUUGUUAUGUGCCAAAAGGAUCAGAUUUUGGGAAGUAAUAGUUCAAGCUCCGAGAAUGGGAUCCAACGUACAGACCAAGUUAAAGAAGCUGUUGUGAAGAUGGUACCACCUCCAAGUGUUGAAUUGCUUGCCUGCCUAUUCAAUACAGUUCAUUUUGCAUGGCCUUUAAAGUUUGAAGAGAAUUAGAAGGAUACGAUAUUGGGCAGCAACCAGACGCAGAGAAUGGAGUGAUUGUGACCAGAAGAAGAAGAAGCUAUUAUUAUGUUAUCAUCUUGAGGUGUUUGAAAUCUUUGCCUUUCUAUCUACACAAUUCUUAUUGCGCAAGGAUCUUAAAUUGGGUUAACUAUCAGAA